AUGGCUUCUUACAAUACGGGGGUUACAACUCACAAUAGUGUUUAUAUGCCGCAGUUACCACCCGAAAAGGAUUAUCAUGUGUUUGUUUGUUACGCUAGCGAAAACGUAAACGAAGUUCGUAUGAUCGUGGAAAAUUUGGAAAAGGGAGGCGUAAAAUGUUGCAACCAUGAAAGAGAUUUUACUCCUGGACAUGGAAUAUUUGAAAACAUGGCUGACAAAAUCAAUGCAAGCCUACAUAUGCUUGUAGUCUUGUCGGAAGACUUUUCAAAAAGUGACUUUGCACAACAUGAAUUAAAAGAGGCAAUACAUCAGGAAAUUAGAGAAGACUUCAGUAUUAUUCCUCUGAAAAUCGAACCGUGUGAUGUACCAGACAUUCUGAAAAACAAAACAUACAUCGACUGCGAAAACGAUGAUAUCACGAACAUUCAUCACAAAAUUAUCGACGCUCUAAUUGAUAAUGGACUGAAAACACAACUGAAAAAAGAUGCAAAUGGGAGGGUGAUUUCAAUUUCACUGUCUAAGAAAACUGGAUUCCUAUCACUACCAAGAUUCAAACUUGAAUGCGAUCAAGAAAAAAGAGUAGAAAUUAUUCGAAAAACGAAGCUUACAGAUGAAGAUAUUGACGACAUCGAGAACAUUGCAAACCAGUCAUUCUUUAUGAAAAACUUCCAUAUCCACAACUACUUUCCACGAAUAACAUGUUUGCUCAUCUUUAUAUUGCUGCUGUUUUGUCUGGCGCUUAUGAUGUUGUUAGCCUGCACACUUCUUGGUCGUUCAAAAGCGGAUAGUGCUUCUGUGGGUUUUUUGAUAAUGCUUGUUAGUAUUUUAAGCCCUAUAUCUACGAUCAUUUUAUGUGUGGGAUGUUGCUGCUGGAGUGUUUCGACAAAACCUAAAUACUGUAUGGAUAAGGCAACCAAGGCAGUUCAAAUGAAACUUUGGAGUUUUAACAAACACUGGCAAGAUAAAGAUGCGAUCGUUGUCUUCCGUUCGACAGUAUCCUGA